CGGCUUGACCCAGGAGCCCGGCAGCGUGGGGCAGCUGACCCUGUAUUGUACUGAGGGCGCUAUCGAAUGGCUAUAUCCAGCCGGGGCGCUGCGCCUGACCCUGGGCAGCCCCGAUCCGGGCACACAGCCCAGCAUCGUCUGUCUGCGCCCCUCGCGGCCCUUCGCCGGUGCCCAGGUCUUCGCUGAACGGAUGGGCGGCAACCUAGAGUUGCUACUGGCCGAGGGCCCAGACCUGGCUGGGGGCCGCUGCAUACGAUGGGGUCCCCGCGAGCGCCGGGCCCUUUUCCUGCAGGCCACACCACACCGCGACAUCAGCCGCAGAGUUGCUGCCUUCCGUUUUGAGCUGCAUAAGGACCAGCAUGCAGAAAUGCCUCCCCAGGCCCAAGGUCUUGGUGUGGAUGGUGCCUGCAGGCCCUGCAGUGAUGCUGAGCUCCUUCUGGCUGCAUGUACCAGUGACUUUGUGAUCCAUGGGACCAUCCAUAGGGUUGCCCACGACAUGGAGCUGCAAGAAUCAGUCAUCACUGUGGUGGCCACCCGUGUCAUCCGCCAGACAUUGCCACUGUUCCAGGAAGAGGGCUCAGAGGGCCAGGGCCAGGGCCAGGCCUCCAUUCGUACCCCGUUGCGCUGUGGUGUGCGUCCUGGCCCAGGCUCUUUCCUUUUCAUGGGCUGGAGCCGAUUUGGUGAAGCCUGGCUGGGCUGUGCUCCCCGCUUUCAAGAGUUCAGCCGUGUCUAUUCAGCUGCCCUUAAAGCCCACCUCAACCCAUGUGAGGUGGCACUGGACUGAGAGACCUGGGAGCAAGCCCCCAUCGGAGCUUCUUCUGGGAAUGGGGGAACAAGUGAUGAAGGCCCCCAAAGUGGAAGCAGAGACAGCAAAGGGAAUGGUGGUGUGUGAGCAGGUAGACUGAAACCAUAGGAACUAGGCUGGGAAAACCUGUGUGGACCAGAGACACCUCCAAGUAGAGCCCUGGCAGCUGAGGAACAGAGUGCUUUGUGUGGGUGCCAGUGUCAGGUAAAGUUGCUAGGGCUUUCUGGGUGCUCUAGGCCUGUGAAUGCUGCCAGGAGCAGCAGACAAGAAUAGCUGUGCCCAAGCAAUCCUGUCUAGAAUUUUGUGUGGGAGGGCCCGGUUACAGUUUUCCCGGUGACCAGAUUCUGAGCUGGGUGCAGCAGAGCCUCUCUCCUCAGAAUACACAUACUCCUGCUACCUCAGGGACACCCGACCUACAGACUGUUUUGGAGGAAAACAUUCUGCACCUGGGACACAGGGUGGUGGUCUUGGGCAUGCUCUAUUUGUGAGUCAUCACUGUCUCUGCUAGAGAUAGCCGAGGAGGAUCAGGCCAGGACUGCAUAGACAAGGAGGACCUGGCGUUUACUGCCAUUUAGCAGUGAUUGACUCAAGGCUUUAUCUGUUUCCAUGCUGGGCCUUACUAGGAGUCACUCAACCCUUUAUUUUUGAAGGAGGGAGAUCUUCCGGGCUCCUGAGCUGUCUUUCACCCCAGGCUGGGCCAGCUGCCAGCACCCAGCCUCUCACAUCCGGCCCCCUCCCACCCCACUCACUAGAGAGCCAACAUCUGUCUGUAUCUGCCCGCCCCUCUCCUUCGACCCCAGAACACGCUCUAUUUCCCUCCUAAUUGUCGUCGCUGUCGCAGAGACUGGAAGGACGUCCUUUCGUGGGUUGCUUCUGGGUGUUUGGUAGGCUUCUGGAAGUCUUGGUCAGCAGAAUCCACAUGAGAAUGACUUCCAAUUAUAAUGGCCCCUGUUUGAACUCGGGGCUGCGGGGCAGGAGCAGUAUGGCGUUAGGGAGACCUAGAGCUGAGAUUCCGUAUGGUGUCUGCAGGGUGGACCCUGAGGCUGGCCUCUGCAGAUCUUGGACCAAAGACCUACAAGGGGCAAACCCUGUAAGGCUCACCUAUUGCCUGUGUCAUUGGGAUCCAAUACGGAACACACGGGCGGGGCCAAGUCCGGCUGGGCGGAGAAAAAUGAGUGACAGAGGGCUCCACGGGCCCUUUCCACUUCCGGCAUCUCAUCGCCACCUCUCCUAGACUUACACUGUCGCUGCCACGGCUAGGGUAGGUUCCGGGCACAGAGAGUACGGCUCAGGCCGGCGGUAGCCGGGAGGGCAGCCGCCUCCAGCUCCCGGCUGGGGGCCUUGGAAAGGACCGCUCUGAACUGUCUCUCAACCAUGGAUCACGACGACCCUGCCGAGGCUUUGACUGCGCUGCGCGAGAGGCGGCCGGGCUUGGUGGAGAUAUUGCAAGCGGCCCUGGACAGAGUCUGAGCCUAUGAUGUCCAUGGUACUGGGCCAGCCGUGCCUUCUUGUGGGGUGCCCAUCAAGGCCAUCCCAAAGUCCACUUCUACCUCCAUCCCUAGGACUGUUGUUUGACAGGCUGGCUGACUGAUAUAAUAAAGACUCUGUGGGUUCAA